CUCUCUGGGCUAGCCUGUCAGCUAGCUUGCUAGCUGCACAACGCUCAUUGGUAACGUCAAAACCAAGCUGCCUAUCCGUUUUCUUCAGAUAUCCACCAUGGAUUUGAAUAAUAUCUUGUCGCAGCUUGAAAGUGCCAACGAAGAAGAAAUUGAGAAGCUUCUGCAGCAGUAUAAUCGAGAGAACUGCCACACCUUCACUUUUGACCAAAAGGAAGAAGCCCUGCGGAGUAAGCUGUGUCAGAGUGUGUUGUCAGUACUUGGGAGGCAGGUGCAGCCUAGCUGUCAGAGGACAUGUCUGGAGACACUCCGCAUCCUGUCCAGAGACAAGCGUGUCCUCGCACCUGUAGCCACCAGGGAAGGCAUGCUGACUCUUGGGGGGAUGGCGAGGCUGCAUGCUGGAGAGGAAGGUGGGGACAACCAGAAAAGCUCUCAGGAAGACACACAGUCAGAGGAGGAGGAGAGGGUGGUGGUGGAGGCCUUGAAGUGCCUAUGCAAUGUGGUUUACAAUAGUCCUGCAGCUCAGCAGGUUAGUGUAGAUGUGCAGCUGGCUCAUGGCCUGUGUACCAGCCUGCAUACAGCCCGCACAUGGCACCAUGAGGUGGGCCUGUUCACACUGCGCCUUCUCUUCCUGCUGUCUGCCCUGCGGCCUGAUGUUAGAGGGGUUUUGAGGAGAGAAUGGCAUGCGGUGAGACUACUGACAGAGGUCCUUGAGCACACCCUGGAUGUGCGCUGGGUAGGCCCCUAUGAAGCUGCCAGUCCAGAUCCACAGGCCCUACCCAUGCCGGCAGAGGACAAUGAGCGAGCAAUGGAAGCACUCAAGGCCUUGUUCAACCUGACACUGUCUGACGCUGGUGGUGAGGAGGAUGACCACCAGUUCCGACUUAUCGCUGCCAUUCUGCGUCAUCUGUUGAUGCUGAAGACUGAGACGGAGGAGAAAACAGAGGAAGCACACAGCCAUGCCGUCAACUUGCUUAACAACCUGCCUGUGUCCUGCCUGGAUGUGUUAAUCGACGUGCCUGUCCAGGGAGGACUUGAUAAAUAUGGUGGGAAAAACAUGGAUGCAGUUCAGGUGUUACUAGACUUCAUGGAGAAAAGGAUUGACAAGCAGGGCUCCAACUACAAAGAGGGGCUCACUCCGGUGCUCAGCCUUUUGACUGAAGGAUCCAGACACCACAGAGAGAUCCGCAGAUAUAUCAAAGCUCAGGUACUUCCCCCGCUGACAGAUGUGAAAAUCAGGCCAGAGAUUGGCACCACCAUCAGAAACAAGUUGGUUCGCCUUAUGACUCAUGUGGACAUGGGCGUGAAGCAGACGGCUGCAGAGUUUCUCUUUGUUCUCUGCAAAGAAAGCGUGGACAACCUGUUGAAGUACACAGGAUAUGGAAAUGCAGCAGGACUCCUGGUGGCUCGUGGACUUCUUGGAGGAGGAAGAGGAGAGACGCAGUACUCUGAAGAUGAAGACUCAGACACAGAAGAAUACAAGUCAGCCAAACCCUUCAUCAACCUCAUCACUGGUCAUGUGGAGGAGCCAAUGCCGAACCCCAUUGAAGAGAUGACGGAGGAGCAGAAGGAGUAUGAAGCACAAAAACUGGUCAAUAUGUUUGACAAGUUGUCAAGGCAGAACGUGAUUCGGCCCAUGGGCGUCAGGCCAGAUGGAACGUUAGCACCUCUUGAGGAAACUCUCUGUGAUCCACCUGGGGACAACUCAGGAUCAGACUCUGACUAGUGCUCUGCACAUCGAGGUCACAUUUUCCAGACUAAGCCCACCAGGCCCCAACUCACCUAAAGCUGUGUCCCAUUUCAAGGGCUGGAUCCUUUUUGAAGGUGGGUCCUUCAGAUGAGGUAAAAACUGAAGAGAAAGUCUAAAAAGUCUAUGGUCACAGAAAUGAGACACAGAGAGUAGAGCUGUCUCCAAAACAGUUUACAGGUGCUGGAUCAGAAAAAAAUUAACUUGAAAGUAGCAGUCAGACAAAACAUCCAUAUGCUGUACUGAUAUCUCCCUGUUAAUUAGUCUAAUUAAAUUAAUUGUCAGCAUGAGUAGUUUGGAUGUUUUGUCUGACUUUUGCUCCCACAGAAACCCAAACUAGAGGAUUUGGGCUCCUCUUCAACUUUUUAAGUCCAGUUUAUCACUUGGAAGUUACCUUAAAUUGGCUGACCAGAGUUAACAUUACAAAUUCUAAUGCUAAUGGUAAAUAUAUCCUUAUAACUACUACUUGUCUGUAAGUUUAAGGCUGACAUCUGUUAUUUGCACCUUGCUGUUUAAAUGAUUUGUGUGCUUCGAUCUAAUUCAACACAUUUACCAAUGACUGUUGACCACUCAAAUGUAAAUACACUGUCAGGUAAACAUGACAUGGUCAAGUCAUAUUUUGCAAUUCUUUUCAAGAUGACACGGUUUAACUUAUCACAUCAUCAAACAAUUGACUGACAUGCAGUGGAUUGUGGGAUACUGAGGGCUGCAAAGACUACACUCCAGACAAGCACAUCUUUCUCUCAGCCUCAUUCAGAGUAUCCUUUGAAAUGGUAUAGGUCUUGUCGGGCCGUUAUGACGUAUUCAGUCUAGAAAUGCGACUCCUGAUUUUCCAGCCCUGAAGUGAGACACAGCUCAAUGUUUCACAGGAGACUGUAGGGGCCCUGUUGCUGCCGUAAGCCAUUCUCCUCAAUGGAAGUGGACUUGAUGCACAAUGCGUAUAAUGCAUAGGAGGCCUCUGUGUUUAUUGUUGCACCUUCAUUUAUUUUACUGCUCCUAGAGUUGAGAGGAUAGAGGUAACCUAAUUUUUGCUGGAUCAUGUGUUUCUCAUGGAAAACACGGUUGUCAUGGUUUGUUAAAAGUGAAAUUGGUUCUAAAUUAUCAUUCCUUCUCCUGUGCUUUUGUUUUUCACUUUUUUUAAGUUUCUCUUAAUUUCUUUCUGCUACGUUUUGUCCAUUGUUUGUAUCUCUAGAUAAUUCAAGUGCAUUAUACACACACACUUGUAAACAUGAAAUCACAGUAAAAACUGUUAACAGUGAAGUUUCUCCUUGAUUUAAAUCAUGGCAGCCAGUCCAGACUGGACCACAGGAUUGAUGUGUAUUUAGAAAUCAGACAAUGCCAGUGUGAAUAGUUUGAACUUGCAGCUCACACUGAGUCUAUAUUUGGUUGUGUAAUUAUCAUUAAUGUUGCACAUCAGUUAGUUGCCAAGGAAACUUUCUGAAUUCAGGGGUUUUUGGCUUACUGUCAUGUCACUGAAAGGUGUUUUGGACAAAAGAAUUUCCUCUUUUCAUUUAAAAUUUAGACUUUAAAUGGAGAGAUGCUACAUUUUCCUGUGUUGGACAAUAGUAAACAGAUUGUUUUCUGCCUGUUGUGGACUCUUGACAAAGAAAUGUGUAAACUGAAAUGAUUGUUUUCUAAUCUACAUUACUCUUGCCAAAUCUGCAUGAUGUUAAAUCAGUUCUCGGUAAUGUGAUUUGUUUUGUAGAUUGAAGGUUUUGCUAAUUUUAUAUAAAUCCACAAGUUUAGUCUAUGUAUAAACUGAAUAAUAUUUCUUUGUGUUGGUACAAUUUUGGAUUCAAUGUAAAAGCUGCCAGCUCUGAAGUCAACUGCAUGAUAGGAUAUAAAUUCACAACAGAUUUGGCCGCCUAACUAAAAUCCUAAUUUGGAUUACUGAUACUUUUGUUGUAAGUGAAAAGGUGUUUUAAUUGCUGAUUACAAUCCAGAGAACAUGUGUCAUUAUUGCAGGAUUUGGUGACAGCUCAGUUUAAUAAUGAAUAAUCAUGAGCAUACUUUUCACCUGACCUGUGAAUCACCACUACUGCCUCCUCACACAAAGAAUAAUGCAGAUAAUUUGGAUGACAAAUUUAAGGGAAAAUCAACAUUAAGUGUCUUAGUAAUCAUGUGCCACCAGAACAGCUUCAAUGCACCUUGUCCUAGAUCAGCAGUCUGGGGCUGCAAAGGCCAUAGCAUAAGAGUCACAAAAUGUCUAUACUUAUCAAACCAGGCAGUGGCCAUUUGGUUGGUGUCUCCACUCACUUCAGGUUUUUCCCUUCAAUUUGACAUUCAUCUGUGGAUCAGUUUUUUCUCUUACACUCCCAUGUAAAUGCCUUUUUGUUCCUCCACAAACACUGAGGAUAAAUGAAAAUUGCAUGUUGAUCACAUUCUCUCCAUUUAGACAUACUAUUAUGGGAAUCAUUUUGUUCUUUUUGCACAUUCUACUGUAAAUAGCACCACUCUUACUUUAUGUAGUGAGGCGUCCACUGAAAAGUUAAUAAACUGGAGAAUAAGAAAA